AUAGGACGCAGAGGAUUAUGGGUAAACACUAACGUAAGGAGGAUGGCGGAGGUGACAGAUGAGGUGAGCUGUAGACUGCUAUGACCGGAGCAUUGAAUCAUAUUUUCUCUCUGAUGGUUGGAAACAGAAGAUCUUGACUUCAUCCUGCGGAGGAUCAGAAGCAGCAUGGCGGAUGAGAACGAGAAACCUGCUGUUGCUCCUCCAGUGUUUGUGUUUCAGAAAGAUAAAACCCAAAAGAGGUCAGCAGAGGGAUCCAGCACAGAGGAUGGAGAGGACUCUGAUACAGCAGAUGGCAAUUACAGCCCUGCAGCCAAAAGAGGAAGAACAUCACCAUUUACACAGUUUCCACCAACUCAUUCCGUUUCUAAGAAUAAUGUUUUCAUGCCAUCCAGUUUCUGCCAGUCACCAACCGAAAACUCAGACUCAGAACCUGAAGAGAAAACUGUGGGGUUUCGCCUGAAACCCCCGACUCUGAUCCAUGGCCAGGCGCCGAGUGCUGGUGUCCCGAGCCCCAAACGCAAAGAAGCCCAGCGCAGCAUCCUGCGACCUCCAAUGCUGCAGCCCCCUCCAACUCGAUCCCCCCCACAGAACAACACGGACGACAGCAGUUCAAACGGAGCGAAGAACCUCUCAGACGGAGGAGCAGGAUGUGAACGUAUCUCAGAGACGUCUGCUGCUGGCACACAAGAUAAUGACGCGUCAACGCAGAAGACAGAAACUCCUAAAGGUUUGGAACAACUGAAGGUAAAGAGCAACAACACUCUUGGACAAAAAACAGAAGACCAAACUGAAGGUGCCCCACUUGAGACCAGUUUUGUGUUUGGACAGAACAUGAGGGAUAGAGCAAAGCUGGGCACCAGCUGUGUCUCAUCCAAAAGUGGUGAUUCAAAGGAAACAAAUUACUUUUUGCAGUAUGUCACUUCCAGUGCACAAAAACCUGACUGCAGCAAUGCCAACAGCGUGAAGUUUGUCUUUGGGCAGAACAUGUCGGAUCGUGUCUUGGCACUGCCAAAACUCAGCACUGAACCUCCAGGGGGCAGCAAAGAGCCUCAGUCAGAGAUGGGCCUGUUCAGUCAGAUUUCGUCCUCACAUGAUCAAACUCUGGAGAAGGGUGACAACAUGAAAGAGUCUCUGGAGGAGUCGGCGGCGCGACACGAAGCACACAAAUCACACAAGUGUUUAUUAGAGCAGGUGGAGGUCAGGACAGGAGAGGAGUCUGAGAGCAAUGUGCUGCAGAUGCAGUGUAAGCUGUUUGUGUUUGAGCUGACGUCUCAGUCAUGGCUGGAGAAAGGAUGUGGAGUGCUCAGGCUCAAUGACAUGGCGUCCACUGACGACGGCACCUUACAGUCCAGACUGGUCAUGCGGACUCAGGGAAGUCUUCGAGUGAUCCUCAACACUAAGCUUUGGUCUCAGAUGCAAGUGGAUAAAGCCAGUGAGAAGAGUCUCAGAAUAACAGCUAUGGACACAGAGGAGCAGGGCGUCAAAGUCUUCCUCAUAUCUUCCAGCUCUAAGGACACUGCGCAGCUCUUUGCAGCCCUGCACCAUCGUAUCCUGGCGCUGCGGAGCAUCAGCGGACAGGAGUGUGACGGCCAGCCAGUUAUCCGCUUCAGCGACGACGACGAGUCCCGCACGCCCCCCACAGCUGCCACCCCUGCUCCAGGUAAUCCAGAGGCAGGUGUGUGUCCAUCCACAGGUGACACACAGUGUUGAGUCUGCUGCUGAUGUUUAUCCCACAAUGCCUCACUGCAGCCCUCUGAUCCCCUCAAAUACUAUGCAGGUGUUUUUUCUCCUUCAGGUGUACUGUAGUCAUGUGUUCAGCUGGUUUUAUUGAUUGCAUUUUAACAGCAAAACAGCUCAUCUUCAGGACUGGACACAUAACACUCUCAAAGUCAUCAUAUUGAUGAGAAUGAGAGGCUCUUAGUGUUUUAGUAAACCGAAUUUCCUUUCUAAAUGUUGUGAUUACUCCAUUCCCUGCUGAGUGUGCACAGAGUAUGCACAGAGUUUGUUGUCUCAUCUCAUCUUCCAUCACGGUUCAGCUCAGUUUCUGCUGUGUUGUUAAAAUCACUUUAGAUCUUUAGAAUGGACUCUCUUUUACUUAAAGGAAAAGUUCAGCUAUAAAUGAACAUUCUGUUGUGACUCUUUUGUAGUUUCAAAGCUGAAAAAAGAAAUAUAUUUUUGAGGAUUCUGGGUUUGGAUGUGUAAACAAUGACAGAGUUUUUUAUUUUUGGGGUGAAAUGUUUCAGCUUUUACAUAUCAUUGCAGUGAGGUUGACCAUUGUACAGACACUUACUGUUAAUUAUUUUCCAGUUUCAUUGCAAUAGUACCUUUUCACACAGUAUAUUUUUAUGAAUAUGUACUGUACAUAGUUUAGGAUCAAAAGUUUUAUAGCAAAAUGUUUUAUUAAGGACAUUAAUAACUAUCAUUACAUGUGUUCUGUAUUGUCUGUACUACCGUAAUACUAUAUACAGUGUUUUUAAUUUAAAUGUUUGUCGUUUCUCUUAUUUAACGGAUAUUUGUUAAAAAAAAUAUAUAGGAAAAUAGUUGGACAGGAUAUUUUACGUUUUGUGAUUGCGCAGCUGUAGAACUGGCCCGUCGGGGUGAAUCUCACAGAAUCUGUCAGGGUUACAUUUCACACUAAAAUAAAACCAUUAAAGGAAUGGUUCAACCAAAAAUUGACUCAAAAUGUAGAUGAGUUUGUUUCUUCAUGGGAACAGAUCUGGAGAAAUGUAGCAUUCAUGUAGCAUUCCAUCACUUGCUCACCAGUAGAUCCUCUGCAGUGAAUGGGUGCCGUCAGAAUGAACGUCCAGACGUGCAGUUUUUUGCUUCACAAUACAUUAACUGAUGGACUGGAGUAGUGUGGAUUAUUAUGAUGUUUAUUUCAGCUGUUUGGACUGUUUGGACGGCACCCAUUCACUACUGAGCAUCCUUUGAUGUUUGAGUCAUUUUUAAUGUGUGUAUGAACUUUUCCUUUAAGAGGGUUUGCACUGUGAUCUUAUUUUUCUACAUAAAAUUCAUCCAACCUUAAUUUUCAGCCUACUUUAGUAUGAAAGAAAUGCAUCCUAAUUAUUGAAAUGAAAAUUUUAUUAAAUUGAAUAAAUCAGGGUAGUAUUUCUGCUUAAUUUUUCAUAAUUUGAUUGAAAGAAAAAAAGCCAUUUUGCCUAGACAGGAUGUUUUUACUCCAUCUUAUGUCAUAAUUGUCAAUCCAUCAAAAUAUUAUUAAAAUAAUGCCACAAUACUAAACAUAUCAGCAGAAUUAAAUUAGGCUUAAUCUAUAUAAUGUUGUAUAUACAAUUCGAUAAUAUUACAGUAAUUUGAAUAAAUAAUUAUUUUAAACAAAAGUUCAUUUGAAUUUUAAGUGAAAUAUGACUUUCUUUUUGAGAGAGAAUUGCGUUUUUUUUACAGAUUAAAGGGUUUUUAAGAAGCAAAACCUGAUUCAUCAUAAGUUAUAGAAGACUUUUGUUCAGCUAGUGUGGCUCAUUACACAUUAUUGUAACCUAAUUAUUCAUAUUAUAAUAUAAUCACAAAUUAUUGUAAUAUAAUUGAAUACUAAAUUUUAUAUAAUUAAAUAAAAUAUGCAGUUAUAUUACAAUAAUUUUAAUAAAUUAUGUUUUUCUUUUGAUGAAAUGUAACCUACACUAUAUACAUUUAUUUAUUUUUGUGAGAUUUGCCCUUUUAUACAGUUUCUUGAAGAAACAAAAGCUGCUUGAUCUUAAGUUGUAAAGGCAGUUUGUCAGCUAGUGUGGGCCAGAUAUCACUCAUGAGAAACCUGUGACUCUGACCCAGUCCCUCUCUGCUGCCGAAUCUCCUCAGUGCACUGCCAGUGAUAGGUACUCGAGUGUAGCAUAUUCACAAAAUGUGGAAAUAGAGCAUUGACUGUUUCUGUCCACACAUGCAGUUAAAGAGCAGUCUUCAGUUCUUCACAUUUAGUCAUUUUACAAUAGGAUUUUUUAAAAUUAUUAUUCAAUAUUGUUACAAAUAAAACGAGCUAUGUAGAUAUGUAGGUAAAUAUAUUAAAUCAGUCUUUGUUAAAAACUUAGUGAGAUAAAAAAAUAUUUUUUUUUUGUCCUGUUUGCAGAGGAUAUAGUGUUUAUAGCAACUAUAGCACUUAAUAGUUGUUCAUAUUUCAGUUGUACCUGCAUUACAUUGUCGUUUCGCUUCAGAAUGAAGGUGUUUCCAUAGAGUAAGAUGUUUCCCGUCAAUAUGAAAGCACUAGCAGAGCUAAAGGUUUACAAAACAGAUGUUUGCUGAGUGCGAGUUGAUUGCUGUAAAUGUCAGUAAAUGUUUACAUUCAAUGUGUUGCAGCAGAUGUACUGUAGGACACACUACUUCUUGUUUUUUAUGUUCUUUUUUUGGGUUGAUUUGUGUAGACCUCAGAUAGACUGUGAAUGCGCCCGUGCUAUUUCUGGUCCAGACUAGCUCAACUGCACUGGUCUUGUGGUUUAAAUAUACAAUUUAGCUCUGGUGGAAGCUUUUGGAGAUCGUUUAGAAGGGCUAGGCUGCUUCUGGACCAUUGAUUUCAAUGGAAUAAUUGUCUUUUUUGUUCAAAUAUGUAAUGGUGGUAAAAUGUCUAUAUAUAUAUUUGGUCUGUUCUGUUUUCCAUUGACCAUGUGACAAGUUAUAAAACUCUGGAAUAUGCAAAUAAUUUAGAUAUUUCGUUUUUUCCUGUUUUUCAUUUUUAUUCAUUAUUCAUCCAGGAUCUUUUUUUUUCCCACUGGGAAACUAUAUUGUAUUCAUGUUUGCAAUUAAAUUUAUUUAGACCAUUCCACUAUUCCACCUGCACAUGUCUGUUGUUUCUGAAUUCUGAAAUAUGAUUCUGCUUCUAAUUUACAUCAUUCUGUCAAUUGGAAACCGUUGAUUGUUGUUUCAUAAAGUCUCUUCUUCAAUUGUC